CCACUGCAAAAAGUACAUAUUAGCAGAUAGAAAUAUCUUGAAUAUGAUCUAAUUCUUGUCAUUAUGAGAUUACAAUAAAACAAAUAUAAUAGGCUAUUUAUAGAUUUCAAAUUAUUCAGCCUAGUUUUAGAUUCUUUCUUGACAUAAUUUUGUUCAAAUGGCAGAUAAUUGUGCUUAUUUUAAGCAUUUAUUUAUCAAAAGAAACCAAAUGAUUCAGCUAUAGAACAAGACAAUUAUCUAGAAAAAGGUUUAAAGCCCUUAUAUUUGGUUUAUCAUAAUCGCAUAAUGAGAGAUAUUAGAGAAAUUUCACUAUAUUGUCUAUAUCUAGAUAUUUUCACUUGGUAUAAUUUUAUUUAUAAUAAAAAAUUUGUAUAGUAUAAGAGGUAAAGUACUUGGUAUAACUCUAUAGCAAAACCUAUUCCUUUCAGAACAGGUUUCAUGUAGAACUCAUUUAGAAAUCGUGAACAAUUAGCCAUCUAAAGAAACCUUGAUAAUCUCUUUUUCUAAAUAAGAAUGGACAUUAUUUUCCAUUUUCAUUGUCAUCGUCACACAAUAUCCAAUACGUAAUCUGCUCCUACUAAUGGCAUAAAGUAGGCUUAAUGUGGGACUGAAUUAUGUUAGUGAAUGCCGCAUACCGUGGAAUAUAUUGCCGUAUGUUAUUAAUGGCUCUAACUUGCUUGAUUCAAAUAAUAUAAAUCUCAUUGUUGGUUACUAGGUAUUAGUAAGUAGUAGCCAUGUGUAUCAUGCAUUACUGGCUAUGCUGUACAACCUCAUUGUAUUUUGCAUAUAAAGUUUUAGCUUAUCCUCAACUUCCCAUUUACUUUUUCUUAUUCUUGGCUUUAAAUAUGGGACUAUUUUUCUUGUGUUUUCUUGUGUUAAAAGUUGUGUUAAAGUGAGAAUCCAGCUUUCUGCUGGGACUCAUCAAGUACUAAGCAUACUGUUUGUUAUUGUCAAUCAUUUAAAACAUAUCACACCUAUAUACAAGUAUAUGUGAUACUAUCCACAUCCAAACUCUACAAUAAUAUUAAAUAAAGAUACUGUGGACAGCACUGGCUGAUGUAGUAUUGUCCCUUGUGAGAGCAGGAUAUUCGUGCAUUCGUGAAUGUGGUUUUACAAGGAUGUGCAUUGCAGUGGCCGUGUUCUGCUCAGUCUACUGACAAUGUGUGGAAUCCGGCUCAUCAGGAAAAGCCGUUCUGCUUACACAACUCCUCCUUGUGAGAUUCCCUGUCUAACCGGCUGUCACUUCCUUAGAUUCUCUCAGACGUGACUGUGGCACUGCGACAGCUCCUUUUAUUUUUAAUAUACAGCUUCAAAAUGGGGAGAAUUGGCAAGGAGGUGUCGGGACAGACACUGUGCUUCAUGGGGUUGAUCGGACUGUGCCUGACGUGUGGCAUACCUAUGUGGCGUACAACCUACUACAUCGGCGCCAACAUCGUGACAGGUCAGAUUGUCUGGGACGGGCUGUGGAUGAACUGUGUGAUGCAGAGUACGGGCCAGAUGCAGUGUAAGAUCCAGUCGUCCAUCAUGAAUCUGACGCAGGACCUGCAGGCCGCGCAAGCCCUCAUAGUCAUCGCCAUUUUGAUCGCUUUUGCUGGCAUACUCAUGACGUUUAUUGGUGCACGAUGCACCAGUUGCUUGAAGAAUGAGUCCUCCAUGGCCAAACUGGUAGUUUUUGGAGGUGUCAUGUGUAUCGUGGCUUCUGUUGUGUGCCUCAUUCCUGUCUGCUGGUCUGCGACAUUCACAAUCACCGAUUACGACAAUGUUCUCGUACCCACAUCACAGAAAAGGGAGAUAGGUGCUUGCAUCUACAUCGGCUGGGGCACCUCGUUCGUUCUGCUUCUUGGAGGGAUCAUUUUGUGUACCGCUUGUCCACCAAAUGAUAUGAAUCAGUAUAACCGGAACAUGUAUCCCUACCAAGGGCCUUUCAUGGGACCACCCAGACACUACAUGCCUCCAAAAACAUAUCCACCCAGCGGUACAUAUUCUGGAACAUAUAUUCCAGCUAAACCAUACGUGGCUCCGCGGGCUUACUCAGCUGUUCCCAGGCAAUACAUGUAAGCAAACAAAUGUGGACAUGGACUCGUACUUUAAAUCCACUGCUCACUGCUCUUGUCUUGAAUGAUAUCUGUGUCUCCAAAUGUAUGUUUGAACUUAAUUAAAUGUGUACAAUUGUCAGUGUUCAAACUGUAAAAAAGCUUUGUUUUCUUAUUAUGUUUGUUUCCAACCUGUGACUAAGAAUCUUGUGUAAAGCUGUUUAGCAACUUUUAUUAAUUAUUUUUUAUGCUUAAGCUGCAGAUGCCUUAAAAGUAUUGCCUGAAGCCUGAAUAAAUAGUUAAAUUGUUUUGCAUAUUGUCUAAAAAUGUAAAUCUUAGGGCCCUUUAAAAGAAAAAAGAAAAAAAAAAAGCUUUGUCGAUAGUCAACAUCUACUGUAGUAAUGGUUAAAUAUCUCAUGUAUAAAGACUGGCAUAUUGGUUUAGCCAGAAAGCCGAGACUUUUCUCUUUAUAGCAAUGUAUAAAACUCAGAAUAUGUUAAUGUGACUCCAGAAUAAUGGUCACCAAUGAUUGGUUUGUAGAUAUAAUUUUGCACUAUUUGUAUUUUUAUUGUCAUUACACACUUCCCAUUGUUGAUAACCAAAAUAAAGGAUUGUCAUGGAGAAGUGUGUUCUCCCAGCCUUUCAGAAUUCCUUGUAAAUAAACACAUUUCUCUUAUAGCAA